GGCGCGGCCCCGCGGUCCCCCCGUGCCCCCCCACGGUCCCCCCCCGUGUCCCCAAGCCACCCGCGUCCCCAAGGCCACUCCACCCACGUCCCCGCCAUGCCGCAGAGCCUGCGCCUGCCUGCCCGGGCAGCUCUGCUGUCCCGUUGCCUGCCCGAGCUGGGGGUCCCCCGACGUCCCCCGGUCCCUCCCGCCGCCAACCGGGGUCCCCGGAGCCUGGCCGAGAUGCCGGGACCCAGCCCCGUCACCUUCCUCUAUGACCUCCUCUGCCGCGGGGGUCUGCGGAGGCUCCACGAGCUGCAGGUGGAGGGCCGUGCCCGGUACGGUCCGGUGUGGAAGGCGAGCUUCGGGCCCAUCCUGACGGUGCACGUGGCGGAGGCCGGGCUGAUCGAGCAAGUGCUGCGGCAGGAGGGCGACUUCCCCAUCCGUUCCCACCUUUCCUCCUGGAAGGAUUACCGGGUCUGCCGCGGGCACGCCUGCGGGCUGCUCACCGCGGAGGGCGAGGAGUGGCAGCGGCUGCGCAGGCUGCUGGGGCGGCUGCUGCUGCGGCCACAGGCGGCCGAGGGCUACGCGGGGCCAGUGGCCGGCGUGGUGGGCGACCUGCUGCGGCGGCUGCAGCGCCAGCGCGACCGUCACCCCCAGCACCUCGUCCCCGACCUCGCUGCCGAGUUCUACAAGUUCGGUUUGGAAGGAAUCUCCUCCGUCCUCUUCGCCUCCCGCCUGGGCUGCCUGGAGCAGGAGGUGCCGCGGGACACGGAGACCUUCAUCCGCUCCAUCAACACCAUGUUCGUCAUGACGCUGCUCACCAUGGCCAUGCCCAAAAUCCUCCACCGCCUCUUCCCCAAACCCUGGCAGACCUUCUGCGAGGCCUGGGACUACAUGUUCGCCUUCGCCAAGGGUCACAUCGACCGACGCGUGGCCGAGGCGGCCGAGCGGGGUGGACCGGCGGAGAAGACGUGUCUCACCGACCACUUGGCCCGGGAGAAGGUCCCCAUGAAGACCAUCUACGGCAACGUCACCGAGCUGCUGCUGGCCGGGGUGGACACGAUCUCCAGCACCCUGUCGUGGAGCCUGUACGAGCUGGCGCGGCACCCCGGGGUGCAGGCGGAGCUGCACCGGGAGCUGGCGGCGGCGCUGGGCACCGGCUGCGGCCCCUCGGUCACCGCGCUGGGCAGGGUGCCCCUGCUGAGGGCCGUGGUGAAGGAGACCCUGAGGCUCUACCCCGUCAUCCCUGCCAACGCCCGCGUCGUCCCCGACCGCGACAUCCGCGUGGGCGACUACCUGGUGCCCCGCAAGACCCUCAUCACCCUCUGCCACUACGCCGCCUCCCGGGACGGCCGCCUCUUCCCGGCUCCCGACUCUUUCCGCCCGGAGCGCUGGCUGCGCCGGGACGCCGCCCACCACCCCUUCGCCUCCCUGCCCUUCGGCGUCGGCAAACGCAGCUGCGUCGGCCGCCGCCUCGCCGAGCUGGAGAUCCACCUGGCGCUGGCGCAGAUCCUGCUGCGCUUCGAGGUGCGGCCGGAGCCCGGCGGCGGCCGCGUCCGUCCCAUGACGCGCACCCUGCUCGUCCCCGAGGCCACCAUCAACCUCCAGUUCCUCAGCCGAUGAGCGGGGACCGGCGAGGGACCUGUGGGUGGACUUGACCCCGGCGGUGACCUUGACCCCAGUGCUGGACUUGACCCUGGCGGUGGCCUUGACCCCAGCGGUGCCCUCCGGCAGUGGCCUUGACCCCAUCGCUGGCAUUGACCCCGGCAGUGGCCUUGACCCCAUGGGUGACCUCGACCCCAGCAGUGGCCUCGACCCCAUCACUGGCCUUGACCCCGUGGGUGACCUUGACCCCAGCAGUGGCCUUGACCUCAGUGGUUCCCUCCACCCUGGCGGUGGCCUUGACCCCAUCGGUGUCCCUGACCUCAGUGACGGCCUUGACCCCAUGGGUGACCUUGACCCCAUCGGUGUCCCUGACCUCAGUGACGGCCUUGACCCCGUGGGUGACCUUGACCCCGGCGGUGCCCCCCACCCUAUUUCCCGCCCCCGGCGCUAUUUAUGGCUCCGCCGGGUUAUUUAAAGGUUUAUUUAUUGGCUAAUAAAGGGGGAUUUGGGGGCGCGGUGGUGCCGGGGUGCUCCCUGCCCCCCCCCAGACGGC